GUGAAAAGAAAAAACAACAGUAGAAUACCUCAGCAUCGUUUAAUUCCAACGUAUUCCCAGACUUCAGUGUGCAUGCUGCUUGGUUGGUCCUCCUCCAGGCCUCCUGCUGGAUCGGGUGUAAUGUAGCAGCAGCUCCCGUUGGCUGAUGGUCGGAUACGUCAGCACCUCACUCAGCUUAUGUCUGUUCCGUGGAUUGUGGCGGUCAGAAGAAAUAAGUCAUGUAUUACACGUUAUGCACGAGACUGCUAGAGAUCGCAUCCGUUUCAUUUUUGCACUGCGUUAAAAAGACGAGAAAAACAACUUGAGCAUCACUGACAAACGCUUUUCCGAGGUCGAUUUUUAUCAUAGUGGAAACCCUCAGUGUGCUUUAACCAUUUCCAGCGGUUUUCGUAAUCUACACGGAAUUCAAUAUUUGGGAAAGUCUUGCUUUUGCUUUCAUCAUGACAUUUAAAACGAUCGUUUUGACGCACCUGUUACUGUUGUGGGUUGGAUCCGUAAGUAAAGCAUCAGAUGCUGCUGAGAGAAGUGCGCGCGACAGCGAUGUGCUAGACAUCCCGAUGGACGCGCUCACGGCCACUGACGCGCUCGCGCAACACAUGUUUAGGCUGUACGAGAGGUACAUCGUUCAACUUAAUGGACUUAAAGAUGAGAAUACUGUGAGAAGUUUUAAAGCAAAACCUGAGAAUGUGGAGCAGAGGGUCUUGUACCGGCUGAAUCUUACUUCCCUUCAGGGGUCCGAGGUGAUUCUCACGUCUACAUUUCACUUCCUCUUUGACAAACGGCCACGCCAGAGGUCCUGGUUCUGCCAGCGCUUUAAGAACCCGUCCUGUCGCAACAAGAACUACAAUCAUCUGCCUCCUUUUCAUCUUCUUUUUCGCUCUCCCUCAUCUGGCUCCGCUGCAGGAUCGUUCCUCGGAAACAUCACCGUGGUUCCUCACAGACGUGGAGCCUGGCUGACCAAGGAUGUGUCUGUCAUUGUAAAAGAGGCCCGAGAUAAGAAUCAUCUUUUGAUCACAGUGGAGCUGGAUUACGGAGACAAGUAUCAAAGGUAUCAGGACCAGCUCUCACCCUCCAUCCUGCCAUACUUGCUGGUGUAUGCGAAUGACCUGGCCAUAUCAGAGCCCAACAGCGUGGCCAUGAGCCUGCAAAGAUAUGACCCUUUCCUCACAGACCACCAGCCGACUCAAUCUCCACACGCUUCACCUGACCUACGCGUGAAGCGAGACCUGGACAUAGAUUUUCCCGAUCCCAUCGAGAACAAUGAGCUCCCGGAGGUGGAGCACAACAGCUUCAAACAGCAUGAUAUGUGGGAAAGCGCUUACUUUGCCCUCAAGCCAAAGGCUUUUAAAAAAGAGCGUCGGAGAAAAGGCCAGGAGCACAGUGAUGGAUUCAGCAAGUCUCAGGUUCUCAAGUUUGAUGAGAAAACCAUGAAAAAGGCUCGGAGAAGGCAGUGGAAAGAACCUCAGGGCUGUUCCAGGAGAUACAUGAAGGUGGACUUUUCAGAUAUCGGAUGGAACGAAUGGGUCCUGUCGCCCAAGUCUUUCGAUGCCUUUUACUGUGCCGGAACGUGUGAAUUUCCCAUACCAAAGGUGGUCCGACCCUCCAACCAUGCAGCCAUCCAGAGCAUAGUCAAAGCGGUUGGGAUAAUUCCAGGGAUCCCAGAGCCCUGCUGCGUCCCUGAGAAGAUGAAAUCUCUUGCUGUACUAUUUCUGGAUGAGAGCAAAAACAUUGUAUUGAAGAUCUACCCAAACAUGUCCGUGGAGACUUGUGCUUGUAGAUAAACUAAAAGUGGAAUAGUCACAAGAGAGACAUUGUUGUGGUUUUGACACCAGAUUUGAGGCAUAUUGUCUGUAGUACGCACUUGUUAGAAAGUGCACAUGGCGAGGUUACAUUUUAGGGACUGCAUCUUACUCAUCGUAUGUAUUAAACCUUCCUUUCUGUAAUAUUUUAAUUUCCUCUUUUUAUCCAUGAGGGAUGUGUUGUAAAUAUUUUUCUUUUUUGUAGAUGAGUAAUGAGCACUUAUAAUUGCUUAUAUUUGCUGUCAUCGCCAUGACAUGUGACUGUUAUAAUUAAACUUGUAAAAUACUGGAUCUACAACAAGAUUUUAUGCCAUAUGAAAUAUAACAUAAGGUUUUGUUUUACCAGGACUAUUGAAUUUCAAUGAAAUGUAAAUUUGAUGGACGAAUUCUAUACUGUUUUCUUAAUGCUGGAUGUAGUUACAAGUUGACCCUACAAAGUCAUGUUGUAAAAAGUCUAAAAAUAUAAAAAUGUGAACCUUUUUUCAUUAAGCAUUUACAAAAGCUAUGAGAAUGACUGCAAAGCAGUCUAGUAGUUCAACUUAAAAUCUAAUCGGAGCUUAGUUUUGAAACAAAACUAACUUUGAGGAAAAGAAACAAACCAUUAACAAUUUCGUUUUGGAACAUUUCCAGAGAACAUCUUGCAGUUAAUGGCUGAGGUCAUAAAGCGCCGGCGAGUUGCCUGUGUGUUUGUUUUAUUUUAAGAGAUAUUACACAAGAUUCCUUUGUUCUCUCAGCGAGUUACAGUGAAUAGACCGUCUUGUAUUCUGACACAUUUUCUACAUGAUAGUGUAUGGAUUGGUGCCAUAUGCAAGGAGUGUUUGGGCCAAGUGUAUCAAUGUGUAUGGAACAGUUGUUGACUUGGAUUCAAUAUAUUAUAUUUUAGAGACUGUAUUUUUGUAAAUGUGGGUUUUAAAUUAUGAAAACUUGUCUUAUAAGUAAAAUAAAAUAUAUAAGCCAC